GUUUCAUGAGUCAGACUGGGCUGCUGAGACUUUCUUCUGAAGAUGUACAUGUUGGUUGAACACCGUACAAGUUCCUAUCUUCAUCUGAAGAGGUCACCUGGCAUCCGAUCUUGGUCUCUCUUUGUUGGAAUAGCCUCCAUAGGUUUGGCUGCUGCUUAUUAUAGUGCAGACAGCUUGGCAUGGAAGCUCUUUUAUAUGGCCGGGUGUUUCUUUGUGGCAGCACAGAAUCUGGAGCAGUGGGAGGAAGCUGUAUUUGAUAAGAGCAGGGGAACAGUCUGCCUAAAAACAUUCAGUCUUUACAAAAAACUACUGACCUUCUCAAAAGGAGGCAACGAACAAGUCGUGGCUCUACUGCAUGAGAUCCGAGAUGUGAACGUGGAAGAGGAGACUGUGCGGUAUUUUGGGAAGGGUUACCUGGUUGUGCUACGAUUUGUCACUGGAUUUUCACACCCUCUGACUCAGAGCGCAGUGUUGGGCUGUAGAAGUGAUGUGGAAGCAGUUGCCAAACUCAUUACUAGUUUUCUGGAGCUGGACAGAGUAGAGAGCCAACAGGAUCUCUCGCAGAGCAGUGAAACAGAGGCUAGUGAUGCUGAUGAACCACAGGAUAAAUAUUAAUAGUCAUCAUGAGCUGAAGAAAGCAAACGCUUUCAAACAUCUGGAAAAUAUAUUUGAUCAUCCGUCAGAAAAAGAAAUCCCUCACAAUCUUGACCCGAGCAUUUCUCUACGUGUGCAUUUACAAUGGGAGGAGUCUGUCUUAGGGCACCUUUUUUAGUGCUAAACUGCUUCA